CCAACCCGAUAUAUAUAUAUAGAGAGAGAGAGAGAGAGAGAGAGAGAGUCAAUAGCAGCGCUUCCACCUCCCUCCCACUUCUCAACCCAAACCCACCGCCAUCUCCCAAAUCUCCGCCUCAGAUCUGUUUCCUAGUGGUGUUUGGAGUGGUAAUUGGCUGUUCUUUUUCCCGAGCUGUUGUGGAUAUCCUUUCUUGUCAUAAGAUGUACUUCUGGUCAUCAUCAUACCAAAUGCAGGUUGAGUUGUGUUUAUGGAUGCCAAGAAAUUUAUGCAGUUGGUCGAGGAAAAGAAAAAGAGAGUUUUGGCCAAGCAAGAAGCACCCCUAAAAUGGGAACAAAAGCUCGAAGCUGCCGCAAAGGCCAAAGCCGAUGCCGAAGCCAAGGCUAACAAGGCAAAGGCUGCCAAGCACAAGAGGAGAUCAGUGUCUGUAUCGGACACUGGCACAGAGAGCGAAAAUUCCGAUGAUGGAAGAAAGAGGAGUAAGAAGUCUCACAAGAGGCAAAGAAAACACAAUCAUUCCGACUUGACUGAUCACGAAAAGAAAGAUAAGAAAUCGAGCCGGAAGGCAAAUAGACUACCCUCAGAUUCUGACUACAGCAGUGAUGGAUAUGACAGUGAUUCGGAGGAGAGGAGGAAGAAACAUAGUCGCAAGAAACACAGGCAUGGCUCGAUCUCCGAUUCAAGUUCUUCCGACGACUCCAGAAGGCUUCGUACAAAACACCACAAACACAAGCAAAAGCCAAAAAGAUCUUCUGAUUCUGAUGACAACCGCGAUGGUUAUUACAGUGAUUUGGAAGAAAAGAAGAAGAAUCACAGCCGCCGUAAGAAACAUAGACAUGGUUCUUUCUCGGAUUCCAGUGCUUCAGACUCUUCGAGCGAUGAAAAUGACAACGGGUUCAGGAGGAAUCAUUCUAAGCAUCACAGACACCUUCGCCGUUGUAGCCAUUCGGAGUCUUCUAACGAUGAUGACGACAAUGGUGUCAAGAAAAGGAGCAAGUCGAGACGGCAUAAGCAUCACAAGCAUUCGAAUCUAAGCUCUGCAGAUUCUUCAAGUGAUGAAGGAUACAAAAAAAGUCAUCAUCACUCGAAACCCCACAAGAAGCAUCAUCGAUCGAAACACAAGCGUAACAGCCGUGACACUCCAGAUUCUGAUGGAUCAAAGCACAGGCAGAGGACAGGCAGAUGUAAGGUGAGCUCAAGUGAUGUUAAUGGUGGAAAUCAGGCGCCGGAGGUGGUAAAUCGCAAUGAUGAACGCCGGGAAAAUGGUUCCAAGGAGACGGAUAUGAAUGGUUGUGAGGAUUGACUGGAUCAAAGUACUUGAAGAUUUUAUAUGACCUCCUCGAUGACCGGUAUGUUUACUCGACAUUGCAAGCUCUAAUGUUUUUUGUUUUAGCUGCGGAUCGAAACUAUGUGGUAGUGUGUGUGUCUGACUUAAUUUAAAUUCGAAGCUCGUUGCCAUUUGUGACUUGAUAUGUGUGUGAUCAUCGAUGAUCUUGUUCUGUUGGACUGAUGACUGACUGAUGAUUUUAUUAUUCUGAUUUAGCUCUA